AUGGGUGAUAAUUCAAUCCUUGCUCCUUCGGUCCAAGAAUUGGCAAAACAAGCCAUUUCAAAAGUUCCAGACCAAUAUCUUCAACCAAAUCAAGAUCCUAUUUUUUUAUCUGACAGAAUAACAUUAUCACAACUUCCAAUUAUUAACUUUGAUAAAUUAUUAAGUGAAGAUGAAAUAGAGCUAGAGAAUCUAGACAAAGCUUGUAAGGAAUGGGGUUUCUUCCAGCUAAUGAAUCAUGGAGUGAACUCUUCACUGGUGGAAAGUGUAAAAAGUGGUGUUGAAGAAUUUUUCAACCUUCCAAUGGAAGAGAAAAAGAAGUUUUGGCAAACACCAGAAGAAAUGCAAGGGUUUAGACAAAUUUAUGUUGCAUUAGAAGAAGAAAAGCUAAGAUGGGGAGAUAUGUUUUUCGUUAAAACUUUCCCAUUGCAUAGAAGGCAUCCCUAUCUAAUUCCUUCUAUCCCACAACCAUUCAGAGAUGAUUUUGAGAACUAUUGUCUAGAGAUGAAAAAACUGUGUAUCUCAAUCAUGGAAUUUAUGUCAAAAGCAUUAAAGAUCAAACCAAAUGUGUUUUUUGAUUUGUUUGAGGAUGGAUCUCAAGCAAUGAGGAUGGGUUACUACCCUCCAUGUCCCCAACCAGAGCAAGUGAUUGGACUUAAUCCGGAUUCUGAUGUUACUGCCAUUACAAUUCUUCUUGAAGUUAAUCAAGUACAAGGCUUGCAAAUCAAGAAAGAUGGAAUGUGGAUUCCUAUCAAUCCUCUCUCCAACGCUUUUCUUGUCAAUGUUGGAGAUGCUUUGGAGGUAUUGACCAAUGGAAUUUACAAGAGCAUUGAACAUCGAGUAACUGUAAAUUCAAUGAAGGAAAGGAUCUCUCUUGCUGCAUUUCAUAAUCCUUGA